AUGAGCGUAUCUCGUUUCUCACGGCCCGCCGGCCGGCUGAACCGUCGCGACCAAGAAAUGUGGGGCACGGCGUUUCAUAGCAGCGAUAAUGCACGUGCGCAGCGUCUUUCGAUACGUAGACGGAGACGGAGGCGGAAACGCGGAAAAUGUCAGCGAUCCAAAGAGCGUCGGGCGCGGCCCGUGACCAUAAGCGGCCGCAAGGAUAACGCAGCUGCCCGCAGAUAUCGGGCUCGUUGCCGUGACGUAAUUGUUAUUGCAGCGCGCGCGAACAAAGAAAACGCGCGCGCACUUAUCGCGCGAACGCUUUUGCCUUUGUUCGAACGUCGAACGGUU